UUUUGUUUUAAUAGAUUUGCUCGUGUCAUUUAAGUAGUAAACUGGAGGUGUAGUAGACAGAUUGUGGAAUGCAUUCCAUAUUUCAUUCCUUUGCCACCAAACAAUAAUCAUCUCCAAUGAAGAGCAUAUUUCUUCCUCAAAUUUUUCAAAUUUUCUUCUAUGUAUCUAAUUACAAAUUUUCACGGUGCUUCAGUCAAAAGAAUCUUACCGGUUAAAAACUAAAAUUUGGUAAUUAUAUUCUUCAUCACUUAAUUGUAUUCCUGACAUCGCUCCAAUUCCAUAUUGAAAAACUCUAGGAUGCGCUGUAGAGACUCAGAUGGCCCCAAGCGAAACGGUUUGUAGGACAAUAUCAUGUGGUUUGGGGUGUGAUAGUGAGGAACAAAGGUACAAGAGUUUCUAAGAAUCUUGUUUGAAGUCGAGAAAACAUAGUUAGUGGAUUCCCCUAAUCCAAGUCACCCAUGGGGGAAUAAGAUUCUUGGAGCUUUUGCCAGUAGGGACGAAUAGGAAAAAUGAUGGAUCAAUUCCCGGUAUCUAAUGCAAGUUCUUGCAAGUGUUUUUUAGAAAGUUGGUUUUGUGUUGCAGGAAUUCAAAGCGCUUUCCAUAGUUUAACAAUAUCUCUUUGUUUCAGUCACUGUUAAUAAUGGAUCAGGUCAUGGUGUUGCCAUGUAGCUAUUUCCCAGAUUCUAUUCUUGUAAAACCUGCUUUAUAAAGCCAUCAUGGCUGGGCUCACCUUUGGCUUGUAAUUACUGAGCAUUAGGGAGAGGCAACAUUUGAGCGUGUCCUCUUGUCUAUUUGCAUGCUUUGAGUUCCUUUUGGAGAUAGAAGAUGUACCAUCAUCAUCAUCAUCAAGGGAAGAACAUCCAGGCUUGUUUGAGAACGGCCAUUCCUGACAGGCAUUUGUUACUGCAAGGUGGGAAUGGAACUGGAGAUUCUGGCCUUGUCCUCUCAACUGAUGCCAAGCCCAGACUGAAGUGGACGCCUGACCUCCAUGAACGCUUCAUUGAAGCUGUCAAUCAGCUCGGAGGAGCAGACAAGGCUACUCCUAAAACAGUAAUGAAAAUAAUGGGGAUUCCAGGCCUUACCUUGUAUCAUCUCAAGAGUCACCUUCAGAAAUACAGGCUCAGUAAAAAUCCCCAUGGACAAGCUAAUAAUGGCAGUAACAAAAUAGGUGCGGUUGCAAUGCCAGCAGACAAAAUGAGUGAAGCAAAUGGGAUUCAGAUGAAUAACUCAACUGUUGGACCUCAGACAAACAGAGGCUUACAAAUCGGCGAAGCACUGCAAAUGCAAAUUGAAGUCCAGAGACGGCUUCACGAGCAGCUCGAGGUGCAGCGACAUUUACAGCUUCGGAUCGAGGCCCAAGGGAAGUACUUACAGUCAGUACUAGAGAAAGCUCAAGAGAGUCUUGGAAGACAAAAUCCGGGUUCAAUGGGGCUUGAAGCAGCCCAACUUCAAUUAUCCGAACUGGUGUCUAAAGUGUCUAACCAAUGCCUGGAUUCAACACUAAUGGAUUUGAAAGAGUUGCAGGGUUUAUGCCACCAGAAAACAAAAACAAAUUCCAUAGAUAGCUGUUUGACCUCCAUUGAAGGAUCUCAGAAAGACCAAGAAAUACACAACAAUGGGAUUUGUUUAAGACCCUACAGCCUUGUAGCAGAAGAUCCAUGGCUACCCCAAACUGGGCUGAAAGAGAACAAAAUGGUUCCGUCUUCAACAGGCAAGAUUGCAGAUAGAAGCUCCAAUGGCAGUGAUUUGUCCAUAACUGUAGGAUUACAAGGAGAUAAAGGGAAGGGCUUCAACAGCAACAGCAGCAGAUUUUCUGAAAGGAAGUUUAAUGGAAGAAAUGAAGAAGAUGGACUCCAUUUCUUCGCAACAAAGCUUGAUUUAAAUGUUGAUGAAGAAAAUGAUGUAGCUUCAAGGUGCAAACAAUUUGAUCUCAAUGGUCUCAGCUGGGGCUGAAAACAUUGUUGAGCUUCAUGAUUUUACAGAAAGCGAACAACACCAAAGUCCAUUAUAUUUAUAAUCGAAUUUCGAUUAAACAUCGGUGACGAAAACGUUUGAUGUCUCUGAUUCAACCUAAACCAAAAUAUACUUUUAUAAAUUAUAAGUUGCAACAA